UCUUUAAGAGCAAAAAUGUGAAUGACAAAAGGAAUGCUGCCAUGCUGCAGCGGAGGCUGUUACGUCACAACCGGAUGUUGAUACUAGCUGGAAGCACAGCGCAGUCAGGAACAGCUGAAAAAGGAAAACAAAGCCACGACGACGACAGACAAAACAAGCGAUUUACUCCUAAAAUACGGUUAAAACGUCCGUGACACCGCGGCUGGAGGAACUGUCCUGAUUUGUUUAAACCUUUUUUAUAAAGAGGUGAAAGUCCUGUAACUCCACGACUGCACAAUGGGACGUAUUUUCCUCGACCACAUUGGAGGAACACGCCUCUUCUCGUGUGCCAACUGCGACACCAUCCUGACUAAUCGCUCUGAGCUCAUCUCCACACGCUUCACAGGAGCCACGGGCAGAGCUUUCCUCUUCAAUAAGGUGGUGAACCUGCAGUACAGCGAAGUCCAGGACAGAGUGAUGCUUACUGGCAGGCACAUGGUGAGAGAUGUCAGCUGCAAGAACUGCAACAGCAAGCUGGGUUGGAUCUACGAGUUUGCUACAGAGGAUAGUCAGCGUUACAAAGAGGGACGUGUGAUCCUGGAGCGAGCGCUGGUCAGAGAGAGUGAGGGCUUUGAGGAGCAUGUCCCCUCUGACAACUCGUGAGCUCUGGGUCUUAUUGUCCACUCUUCUCCUCUCUCCUUUAACCCUGCUUCUGCAUUGCGCAACACCACCUACAGACUUAGUGGCCAGUGAAGCUCUGACUUCCAUCCUCACUCUUUCCUGUGUCUUCAGCUUGUGACUUUAGACAGGUGAUCAAAGAAAAAAGAAAUGUGCUGGAUCUGGUCUUGCUGAAUAGGCUUCCCCCAAAAUAGUCCCUAAUGUCUGCAUCACCCAGCACAGCUGUGAGCAUCACCAGGCAGCUGUACCUUCACUCGCACAGAGUUUUCAUCACCCCUGCACACUACACACACUCAUGGUAACCCCUUCAUGAGGGGCGUCACACAUCUUAACAACCAGCCUCCCCUACAAAGCAUCCUUAAAUAAACCCCACCUUUCAUUUAUUGGAAACUGUGCUCGUGAACUUCGUCUUGGCGUGUUUGUCGCUGGCAGACCGCUCCAUCGUUUUUUGUUCUUUACCCUUUCUUAGCUUUUAGAUUUUAAUGAUCGUAGUACUGUUUGAAAAAAAAUCAGUUUUCAUUCAAAAGCUGCACAGAGGACCGCACAGUGUGAUGUCAUAUUUGAUUAUUCGUUGUAGUCCUGGACAGUGAUUGAGUUGUUUCUUUAAGUCUUGCUCAUGUGUGAAUAUUUUUAUUGAUGCAACAUAUUUAAAAUGUUCAGGAAGUGGCUUCGUUUUCCCGUAACCAUGCAGGAGACCGCCGUUACCAUCCAUGUGUGUCUUCUGUCCCACCCACUGCGAUUACUAAAGAAUGGAUCACAUUUAAAAGUUGCUUUAACUCCAGAGAAACGGCUGCAAAGCUAAAUAUUUACCAGGCUGUAAAUGGUGUUCUUCAUUCAAAUGGCUGCAGAUGUUCUGUCAUGUUGGUGACUUCGCCCAGCGAGGUGAUCUACCCUCUUUAUGUAAAAUGUGGCUGGAGGCGUGUUUUGUCAUCAGAUGACCUGAUUCAUAAAAUUCAAAGCCAGGCGCUUUAGUCCUUUAGAAUAUCCAGAAAAGCUGUUUUUAUACAAGCAAACUGAGAAAAUAAGCAUUUUGUAUGAGAUUGGGAGAAAUUCUGGAUUUGUUUUGCAUCACAGCUCAGUGUGUGAACGCAUGGGAGGCUUUACCAAAAAGCUUUAGUCGUGUAAAGUUGUUUCUACAAGAAAAACAAAACAAAACAUUGAUGUUUGUGUUUCACAGUAAGUGUACAGUCAGUGUUUCUUUUUUUUUUUAAAUUAGCAUUUUAUUUAAAAGCUAAAUGUUUUUAUUUCUCCACAUGAACGUUGUUUCUUCUACGACUUCAGGAAGAUAUGUUCUGAUGUGAUUUCUAAAUAAAGACGCAGUCUUGCUGACAAUAAA